GUUGGCGACACGAUAUUGUGCGUUUUAGGUGAAAUAAUGUACACUAGAUAAAUUAAAUUUUAAUUCAGAUUCAUGAAUAAUACAAUAAGUGGUUAACUUUAUUGAAAACCGAAAACCGUGUUUAUAUAUUUUCGAAUGUGAAUGUGAUACCUACAUUUCGAUUUAUCGUAAGUAUCUAUAAAUACUAAAAUUCAGCUAUUAUACAUUAUUAUGUUUAUGUUUUUUAAUCAUUGUGGAAUCGUUUAAACUUUAUUUUAAAACCAUUUUUAAUUAUGUAACCCUACUCCGUGUACCAUAAAUAAGUACAUACUUUGUUUUUUCAAAUAGGAAACCUUUUGAAACACAGAAUUUAAUGAAGAAUAUUCUUUUGGAAAUAAAAUGUUGAUAUGCAUAACACUAUAAAAUCAGAUUUACCGUUUAUGAGUUAUAACAUUUUAAAUUUUAGACAAGAAGCGUAGGGAAGGGUAAUAAAUUGCAUAUCUAUUUUAGAUUCUGAGCAAAGCGAGGAAUGUAUUGGUUUCACAAUAAUGUUAAUAUUUAUUUUUUUUUUUCUUUGAACAACCAAUAUUUUUGAAAACAAUGUUUCUACCAUACAUUUUGCUCCAAUUUAAUCUGAAAGGUAAUCCAACUGGUUAGUACAUAAGGACAUAAGGUCAUUUUUUGAUUUUCCCAGCUAUUUUCAUAAUAAAUGGGAAAACCCGGGAAAAAACACGGGACAACUGAGAAAAAACGUUUUUGUUUUGAUUCAGUUUAAAAUAUUCGUAGAGAAUUGAAAUUUGGAGAGUAAACUUAUACUUGUCUUUUCUAGAGGUGGUCAAAUUUUCAAAAAAUAAUUUAAUUUUUAUUCGGUAGGUACUCUGUAGAUAAAAUUGUUAGACCUAACAGAAAUGCUUAAACAUUUAGUAGGAGAUACUAUCGUAUAAGUCGUAAUUUGUGAUACCUAAAAAAAAAUUAUGUGGAAUGCAGUAUAUUUUUUUUUUAUUAGAGUUUUAAAAAAAAAUUGCAAAUAUUACAGCCUUUAAAAACAAGUAUAACCGAACUCCGCUCAAAAUCGUUUUUCAUUAGCAAAGAUCAAUCGUUGUUUACAGAUGUACAUUAAAUUCCUCUCUAUAUCUUACCUUCUCAACCUUUUCACUUACAACAAUGGCACACCCAUCGUGUGAAGUAUUCCGUGUAUUUUUUAAUUGAUAAAUUGUUAACUCUUCCCUACUCCUCCGGCCUAAAAUUUAACGGUUAUAAUUAGGCUUAGGGACUUCUAACUUUAAAAAUAGUCAAUUAAUGCUGAUGGGUGUGUUAAUGUUGUAGAUGAGAAGAUAAAGGUAGGAUACAUAUAAAUUCAUUCAAUUUAUAUUUGUAUCCAAAGAUAAUUCAUAGUUAAUAAAAAAUGAUUCUGAAUGGUUAAAUGUGUUUUAAAAUUACAUGAUUUUUACGAUAUUCCCCAAAAUUUAAAUAUUAAACGCUUAUAAAAUUAUCACAUUACACUCGAAUUUUUUUAUCACUAAAAAUACAAUUUAGGAUAAUUAUUUUGGCUAAACCAGUAAAUUUUCUUUAGAUAAAUACUAAAAGAAUUUAAAUAUUUAUUUAAUGAUAGCUAUUACUACCUAGCUUAAUAAUCACCAGAUUCGUAUGAAAAUCGUUCUAUAUCUAGAAAGUGCAAACAUAUUUAUUCUAUGGAAAUUUCAUGUCAUUACGAUGUUUUCUAACCAAAUUGCGAAAAAAAAAGCGAAAUCGCAAGUUUUUAUGUUUUUCACGGGUUUUCCCAGUUAUUGUUGAUAAAAAUGAAAAAAAAAAUAAAAAAUGAACGGACAUAUUUCGCACGUGGGUGCAGCCACUGUUGUAGGUGGAAAGGUGGAAAGGUAGGAUACAGACGGGAAUUGCAUGUAUAUCUGUAAUCAACGAUAAACUAUUGCUAACGAAAAAACGAUUCUGAGCGGAAUUCAGUUGAUAGUGCUGCUUUGUCAACAACAUAAUGUAUAGGGUAUAUGUCUUAUUAUGGUAAAAUGAUAACAAUAAUGUGCGUUUCUAUGACAAUAAUGAUUGUUUAAAAAAGAUUAAAAUCAUAAAAACUUAAUAAUAACAAAAAAUAAAUAAAAACGAAUGCCAAUGACCUUAUUUUUUAAUCUUUUUUAACCUAAAGAUCAAGGUUUUCCUCAUUAUCUUGAAUAUUAACCAGAAUUUCAAAAAAUGACCUCUUUAAAAUACCACCUAAGGAACAUUUACUUUCAGAAAAGGUGCUAUGCUUGAUAAUCGGAAUACGAUUUCUGGUAGAAAAAAAUUCAAAGAAGCACCUAUUCAAUGCAUUAACAAAAUAAUAUUCUUAAAAAAAAAAAAAAUUAUUCAAUAUUAAGCAAUUAUUUUUAAAAAGCACUCAUUAUAGUAAAACCAAUACUUUCUACACUAAGAAUCUGAAAAAUGUUUUCGAUCAGAACGUAUAGCUCUAUUUUAUGGCACAUCCUACUGGAGUUAGGGUAUAACUAUUUUAAUCACUAAAUAUUAUAUUCUAUAAUCUAUAUUAUACUGUAACUAAAAUAGCUGGGUGUUAUUGCGUUGGUUCCAGUUAAAAAUAUCUCUGAAAAAUAACUGAUCAAAAUAUUUCCAGUAAGCAUUUCUCUAAUGGAAAUAUAAAUGAAAAUAUGGGAGCACGUAAAAUAUUGGAAAAUAUUUUGUCGGAACUGUAUUUUUUUAGAAAAAUAUUUUGUAGGAACUGUAUUUUGUUGGAAACGUACUUUGUCAGAAAUUUAUUUUGUCGGAAAAAAAUUCGUCAGGAAGAAUUUUGUCGGAACCGUAUUUUAUCGGAAAAUAAUUUUUACCCAACGACGAUAACAUGCAGUCACGGAGUGCUUCUGAUGAAAUUAUAUUGAACAGUUCUGACAAAAUACUUUCUGAUGAAUUAUAAAAAGGAGAUGAAAUAAGGAAAAAUGUACGAAAUGUAAGUAUUAGUUAAAAUACAUUAUAACCUCCUUUUUUUCUAUGCAUAAUUGAAAUAAAUUUAAAUUAAAUAAAAUCAAUUUAAAUAAAAUUAAGUUAAAUCAAACUAAUAUAAAUCAGAUUAAGUUAAAUUAAUUUGUUUUUUGAUCGCGAUCGAUUGGUUGGCGACCCCUGAUAUAUACGAUAAAAUUAAGUAGAAAUUCGGUGAAUUUGUUUUGCCACCUUCCCACCGAUGAAAUCAGUGAAAACGCCAAGAUUUGUCUAUUAGGACUUCAAACAAACAAUUCUAUUCCUAAUAUCAAUGAAAAAUGUAACUUUAUAGGAUUUAUCGUUAAAAGAAAAAAAGACGCUAUAAUUAAUGAUGAUACAGUGACAGAAAUUAGAUCAUUAGCCGAGAAAGAUGAAAUAAUUUAUUAUUUGGUGACGAUUCCGGCGGGAUCGUACGAGUUGAGUGUUUUAGAGGCCGCAAUUAAACAAAUUUUAUUCGACAAACCAAUAAAGUUUGAGUUGAAAACGAACAAUACAACAUUAAAGUGUAAAAUGAACUCGAGAGCGCAGAUCGAUUUGACUAUGCGCAAUAACAUAGGUACGCCAUUAGGUCUUAAAUAUGGAUUCUAUGAUGCAAACGUUAUACAUCGGUCUGAUUCAUUAAUUAAUAUCGCCAAAGUUAAUUGUAUAUAUAUAUGUAAAAUCUAACUUGGUUGCCGGUUCAUUCGUCAACGAAAAGCCAUAUAUUACAUGCAUUUUAUCCUAACGUAUCAUCUGGAUAUAAAAUAAUCGAAAUUUUUACACACUUGGUUUCAUAUUCGCUGAAUUGUAAUUCUAUAUCUCAUACUAGUAUAGUUUUAAAAGAUCAGGACGACGAAUCGAUCGAUUUGUAAAGGAAACCGAUCCCUGUACGGAUAUUAAUCAAAUAAAAUAAAAUAAUAAAAUCUAAAAUGGGCAUACAAUUGUAUAGUAUAAAUAGGACUACAAAGUCGAAUGAAAACAGCUGAAUCAAGAACACUAUCAAGUCAAUACUCUCAGUGAAAACAGUCAAGAAAAAUAAUUCAAAACAUAAUAAAAAAGGAAAAACUGUUAACAAUUAGCAAUUUAGCUUUUCUUCGUUCGCUAAACGCUAUUUAAAAUAUGGACGAAACGUAUUUAGAUGAGACUAGUGGAUAUGUUGAUGAUUGUAGAAUAACCGGCAUCGAAUAUCAUUCGUUUUUACCAUACCCGUCUACCGCACUAUCAAAAAAACGACGAAGUACGUAUUCCCAUACGUAAUAUGGAAUUAUAUACUUUGCCAUGCGAAAGUUAUAUUUACAUCGAAGGAUCGAUAACCAAACCAACAGGUAUGACCGGAGAUAUUAGUUUUAUAAAUAACGGACUGGCAUUUAUUUUUUCUGAAAUGAAAUACAAGGCGAACAUUCUUCAAAUUCAAAAAACCGAUAACUCAGGCAUAGCUACAAUAUUAAAAAGAUAUUAUUCAUAUACUGAAUCAAAUAUUAGUUCACGUCAUAACACCGCUUGGAACAGUGAUUUCAAAAAUGCUAAUACUAAUUUUAUUGAAACCGAUUUAAUGGAUGUAUUAACCUUAAGGAUUUGUUUGGGUUUUGCAAAGACUAUGAUAUUUAUGUGAUAUUUAAGGUAUACAUAUUAUAUUUUGCGAAAAUACAAAUAUUAUAACAGUUAUCGAGAAGAAAAUAAAUAAAAUACAAUAAUUAUGAAAAUAAUUUCUGAAUAGAAGACUAUCAUUAGUCAUCGACGACCGAUAUAAAAUAAUAUUUUGUUGUAUGGAUAAUAUUUAGCGGUUAUAGUGGGUAGAUGGGCGGGGGAGAGAUGUGCGUUAUAGCUCUUAGACUGAUAGGUUCAUACCGGUUCGUCAUCUUAGAUAACAUUUCGUAAAGGUGAAAUCUAUUGUCUUGACAUCGGCAACCGAUAGUGUUCAGAGGGUAUGCAGGGCACCUUUGUACCCGCAUGUACGCGGCUCUAUACGAAUAAAUUCAAAAGUGAACUAAAAUAUCGAAUAGCAUUUCGGUCUCAUAUAUCCGUCACGAGUUAUACAAAAAGGGUAUCAUUAGGUUCAUUAUUGGAUAUAUAAGUAUAUAUUAAUGUGAAACAACAAAUUUAUUUGGCGAUUUUCUCUAUAUAAACGUCAUUAACCGAAUACGAUAAUAUGCAAAGUAAUGUGGAAAAUAAUAUUUUGAUGUAUAGGUAAUAUUUAGCAGUAUAAUAUUUGUAAAAUGUGGACAAAAUAUUUAGAUAAAACAUAGUCAAAACGGGCCGAGUAUGUGGUGCAUAUAGACAAAAAUUUAAUGAGCAUGCUGUUAAAUUUUCAAGCACUACCGAAUAAAAAUUACGUAAAAAAACUCGUAAAGUUAAAAUGCGUAUAAAAGCCCAAAAAUGGAACAAAUAUUUUGAAAGUUUUAACGCAAACAAAUUUCGGAAAAGGUCAUACAAAUUUAUACAAAUUGUUCUUCUUAAUCGUGCAGUAUAAAAUACAUAAAUACUUAAUUAUUUACAUUAGGGGGAGGGACUGUAGACAUAUGUCGUUGGCCUCUCUUCAGUAUUUUCAAUAUUACUCGAAUACCAGUGUCGAACGAAUUCUAAAAACUGUCAAACAAAUUUAUACAAAUGACAGUACAAAAUACUUGAAUACGAAUUUUCUAGAAUUUCAUUGUAGGAGGAAAUAUGGACGUAUUUAUUUCGUACAUUUUUUUGUUUUUUUUUUUUUUCGGUUUUUUACAUUUAAUGAGAAAUUGAUUUAAUUUAACUUAAUUUGAUUCAAUUUUAUUUACAUUGAUUUAAUUUGAUUUAAAUAUUCUUUAAUAUCCUUUUAAGAAUAUUUAGGAGUUCAUAAUCUUGUUAUAAGGCGUAAAUCAGCUGAUAUUAUGUUCAGUUUUGAUAUCUUAAACGGUUUCGUUAUCUGCUCUGAGAUCUUAGUCCUAACUAAUUUCCGGAUUCUUCGUAAACACUCUCGUAAUACAGAUUUAUUUAUCGUUUAUUUAUCGUUCUGUUGUAUAAAGCAAACAUUGGUACAAACGCAUUUCUCCCUAGACCUUUUAGCUAAUUUUGUUUCUACAAUACAUUAUCUUUUUAAUAUAUCUCGCCAAUCUUUCAAAACUUAUGCUUUAACUUUAAUUAAUAAUUUAUAUUUAUAAUUGAUCUCGAAUUAUAUAACGAUUUUAUAACUUGAUUUAUGUAUAUAUAUAUAUUUAUUUUUGAUGUUAUAGAAAUGUAUUAUAUUUUUAUGUAAUUUUGUAAUUUUAUAAAAGUCUUUUACGUAUUUUCUGUUUUCUAUACUUAUUGUUAAAGGACGUUUUGUUCAUUGACUUUAUAUUAUAAUAAAUAUGUAAUAAUAUAUAAUAAAUAUAAUAAAUAAUAAAUAAUAAAUAAAUAAAUAUUAUUAAUAAAUAAUAUUAGAUACUCCACUAAACAGAUCACAAUAAUUUUACAGAUGAUUGUUAAAAACCAUGCCCAAUUUCGAAGAAAAUAAAAGUGCGCAUUGUAAAACAAUUUUUAAACAAACAUUUAAAUUUACCAAAAGUGUACCUGAACAGAGACUUUCGCCUGAAGGAUUUUUAAUACGAGAUUGCGGUUGCGUAAUGCGAUUUUUACCUAAUUUAGAUAAUAAAUUAAGUAAAUAUUAUAUAAGGAAAUACUAAAGAUAAAAGAUGAAUUGUUUAUAUUUAAAAAUAAUUACUUUAUUUUUUUAUUAGAUAAAAUAAAACUGCAACCGUCACCUUCAUCUACUAUCAAGAACCAAAAUACAAAAAAUAAUACUCUUACAGUACAAAAACCUACAAAUUUAAAUCAAACAAAAAUUACUUCAACGGAAAUGUAUGAAAAAUGAAUAUAAGUUUUUAAAUAUAAUUGAAAAUCUGAUAAGUAAAGUAUUAUAAAUAUAUUUCAACAAUUAAUAAUUCAGAAUGAUUCAAUAAGCGUCCUCACACCGUUUUUUAAAUUGAAUUUUGCAUAUAUUCAAAAUCUGAAUUUUGGAAUUAAUUUUAAAUACAUUUUGGUAUCAACAUUUUUGAUUUCUGUCAACCUGAUUACGAGAUAUUCCACUUUGAAGUUUAGGUAGGGGAAGAGUAGUGGAGCACAAAUUAAAUUUUGCCACAUAAAUGAUAUCGCCUACAAAAUGUAACCAAAAAAGUGGGGUGAGCACAUUUAGUAAAUCUUUAUGUACUCGUAUAUAUUUCAGGUAACGCUUUUUUUAUAUUAUUGUGUUAUAUUAUAUAAUAGCUGGUAUACUGGGAAUAGUUUACUGUAUUUUUCUGUUAUAUUAUAUUAAAUCGUCACUAUCAUGCAAAAAGUGACGAAGUGCACUGAAUCAUUUAGCUAAAUAGUUUUUAUAGACAAUACGAGUUAUUAGAGGUUUAUUAAUUGCAGAAAAAAGGACCAACUGGAAAUUUAAAAUUUAUAUAGAUAUAUCUAUCAAGUUAUGGUUUGUAUUUUUACCAAAAGUAUAUGUUUCAUAUGAUUAUGAAUAUUAAAUUCUUCAAACAAAUUAAAAAUUUCACUUGGACAAUUUUGUAUGAAUGCAGUGUCCUACAAAGAUUUGAAAAGAAUUACAAAUGCAAUAACUGUAUUUGUUUUACUAAGUGUUUUUUUUUUUUAGUUGUUUAUAACUUUUCUACCAGGAAUCUUGUUCCGAUCGAUUUUUGGAGUAUUUUCUGGUAGACAAUUUUGUCUAGUUCAUGCAUUUAAGAGGUUAUUUUUUGAUUUGCCUAUGAGUUUUUCUAUUAAUUGAAGAAAAUGUCAGAAAAACAUGAAAAUUUACCGAAUAUCGGUUUCUGUUAUUUUCAAUUUAGGUGUAUUGUUGUUAUUCAUUGAAAAAUAGUGAUAGUGACCAAUCGCUCCACUCAGAAUCGAAAAUCUAAAAUAAUUUAAUAACAAGUUCAUACUGGUGACGAGUACGGUCGGCCACUGUUAUAGGUGGGUAGUUGAGAAGAUAGAAUACAAAUAAUUAGUUAAUUUUUUAAAGUUUUUAAAGUUUUCCACUUAGACGAUAUCUUCAAACAGUAAAUCUUGAUUUACACUAAAUAUUCAAAUUUAACAUCUUUCGAACUCAAGAACAAAAAUGCUAUUGAAGUGUACUUCCUAACUAACCCAGAUGUUUAUCCAGUAAUAUCUAAACUUCUAAUGUCCAACUUCCAAUGUCUACUGCGACGAGAGAACGAUUCAUUCAACACUCCGUCGUUUGAAAACAUAAUUGAAAAAUUCUUCGGGACAAAUACGUUUAAAUCGUUUAGGCUUACGAAAAUAUAUUUAUCGUGAUAUCAACGUGAAUAUCAAUGAUAUUAUAGAAGAACUUGAUAAAACAUCAAAACGAAAAAUGAAUAUAUAUUUAUAAUUUUUUAAAAAAAUAAAUAUUUCAACAUUUUUAUAAUUAGCGCUGUAAAAUAGUAAUAAAAUGUUUAAUGUAUGAUUAUAAUACACACAAAAUUCAAAACAAUUUAAUUUGCUACAUUUUUUUCAACCCCUCCCCCCCAAUAAAAAAAAAAUCUGGAUACGCUACUGUGUAUAAUAGAAAAUAAAUAAAUAAGCAUUAUAUUUUCUCUUUAAUAAUAUUUGUUUAAUACUGUACCGAUUUUCCCAUGUUUUUUCCCGGUUUUUCACAUUCAGAUUUUCAUUUAGAAAAAGUUCUAUUAUUGUAAAUCGGAGCGAAAUUGCUGGUAAAAAAGUUGUACAUUUUCCCGUUUUAGAAAAAUUUCUUAAAUUACAUAAACAAAUUACUUAAAUCGGAGCGACAUUGGUGACAGAAAAGUUGUAUACAGGAAAAAAAGGCUAUAAUAUUUUUUUAAUAAUACCUACACUUCGUACAUUUUCCGUUUUUCUGACAUUUUAUCUCGGUUUUUCCCAGAUAUUAUGAAAACAGCUUGAAAAAUAAAAGAUGACUUCCCUAAAUUACCAUGGAGAUAAAGUUUCCUUUUAAAAAAUAAACUAAACUUGAUAACUAAAUCGAUUUGCACAACAAAUCGAGGGGUAUUUUAUGAUUAAAAUAGUCCGAGUGAGUGAUAGCUUGGGUUUCUAUGUACAUCCAAAAUGCAUUUGUUUUUUCCUUGUUUAAAUAAAAGGGAAAAAAAUGUAAAAAAUUUUGUUUUCGACACAUUGGUUUGAACUCAGAACCUCUAGGAUGACAAUAGGCAUAAAUAACUAUUAGAUUACGACAAAUGUUUUUUAUAAAGAUAUUAUAGAGUUAUUUAACAUAACGUAUAAUAUGCGCAUACUAUCAGAACUUCAAAAAACUAUAAUUACUAAAAAUAUAAAACGUGGUAUUGCCAAAAACCAAAAUGUUCAUAAGUCAAGGAAAACUAUAACACAUUUUCUGACAACUAUAAACAUUCAGAAUAUGUUUAUUUAUAUGUAAAAAACCAAAAAAAAAUCAUUUACAGUAUCAAAAUAAAUUUACCUAAGUUUUAAAAAUAGUUUUUAAUGCUUCAAAAACUUUAUGUUAGACCAAAACAUUGUAUUGCUGGCAAUACCACGUUUUCAAGAAACAUAUUUAGCAAUACAAAGUAUAUAUAUACAAUAAAUUUGCAUACUGAGUUUAUAUUAUUAAACCAAAACACAUAGUUUGAAUAAGGCAUCUCACUUAACAGGAACGUAAUAUUACUUAUAAUUAUUAUUAUAUUUAGCUUAUUACUUACGUCUUGAGUAGCUUUUAAAAUUUUAAUUGUUCUAUUCAUAUUUUUAAUAAUAAAAUAGCAAAUAAUGUCAUAGAACAAUAAUAUGUAACAACAAAAUAUGAAAUUAAUUAAUUUUAUGUUGUGUGAUAGUAUGAUCAUGAAAAUCUGAUCAUAAAACCAGACUAGUAAUCAGUUAUCACUUUUUACAUAUUAGAUAUACACAUUUACAUUUAUUUUAGUAUUAUAAAAUUACCAAUUCUACAUAAUAUGAUGAAAUUAUUUAUUCAAAUCCCUUUAAAUACUUUAAAAAGCUCAAAUUUCUGUAGCUGACUGUUAAAUUGUAUUUAACGUAAUGUAUAUGGUAAUAUCACGUUUUGCACUGAUAAAAAGUUAGUUUCUAUACAAAUAGCAUAGGCAAUAACAUUUUUUGGCAUGAACUUGGCGAUACGUUCUGAUAUGGCUCAAAACGUGGCAAUAACACAUUAUGCACUGAACAGCUGUUUUUAAAUCGAUUUUAUUCAUAGAAAUAAUCGAUGUAGUUUAAUUUUGAUCGCAAAUUUGAUAUUACCGCAUUUUUUCCUUUUAAAUCAAUGCCUAAUUCGAUUUUCGAAUUGUUGGCAAUAUCAGGUUUUGUAUUUAAACCUUUCAAUUUCAAAACUUAGUCAGUCCGCUUAAUUUUGACUUCACCAUCGUUCUUAAAUCGGCAACAUACAUAUGCUCGGUAGUACCUACCGAAUAAAUAUUACAUACAAAACUCUCAAAAUUUAAAUGUCUAUAAAUAUCUCAAAAAUGGGUAUAUUUUUUAAAAAUUUUACCACGUCUAGAAAAAACAAAUGUAAGUUUUUUGUCUAAAGUCUCUACGAAAAUGAUUUAUUGAAUUACAACAAAUAACAAAAUUGUAAAACAAUAAAAACAUUAUUUUCGUAAAUUUUCCGUUUUUCUUACGUCUUAUUCUGGUUUUCCCAGAUAUUAUGAAAAUCGUUUGGAAAAUCAAAAAAUGACCACACAAAAGUACUAUAUGGAUAACAUUUCCUUUCAAAAACGGUGUUGCGCGUUUUACCUGAGCAAGAUUUACAGUAGAAUUUUUGUACACAGUAUAAAAAAUAAACAUCUUAGUAAAAUGUUCGCGAAAAUAAAAUUCCCUACACUCAGAAUCUAAAAAAGAAAUACUACAUUACCUAAUCUCAAUUUUUUUUUUUUUUUUUUUUGCCAGUACUUUCUAUGUAUUUUUCGAGUUUGCUUAAUCAUGAAAACAAGUACAAGGAAAAUCAAAAAACAACUUCCUUGGUUACCAACUAGAUUAAAAAUGCAACAAAAAGGUCACAUUGUUUUUUUCUAUCAGAGCAAUAUUUAUGGUAGAAAACAUAAGCCGUACAAAUUUUAAAUAAUGAAAUCAUUGCAUCGUAAUUUGGAAAUAAAACGUAUUUUUCGUCUUUUUUAGUUUUCUCAAUUAUUAUGAAAAAUAUUUUGGUUAUCAAAAACGACUUUUUUGUCAGUGGUUAUACAUAAAAAGGAACAAAAUCGGUUUAUCAUUUUCCGAUUAGAACAAUAAUUCUAGUAGAAUACAUCAUGAACAAAAAUUAUGAAACAUGUGAUAGUGUCAUGAUGUGUUGCAAAUAUUUGUCGUUUUACCUAAAGUUUUUUUUCGGUGUUUUCAUAAUUAUUUCAAAAACCUGUUUGAAAAUAAAAAAAAGACCUAUUUAGUACACCAUCUAGACAAAAUUUCCUUUCAGAAAAGAUACUAUACACUACACAUCGUGCAUUGGUACUAUACACCAGAGCAAGAUUUUUAUUCAAAAAAUUAUUUACAGACAGAAAAAAAAAAAUUGUAAAAAAGGACUUAACAUAGAAAAACUAAUAGAUCCCUCACUAAGCUCCGUAUCUAAAAUAGUGCACAUUUCUGGAAGUUAAAAGAAAAAAUUAAAAAAUUAUUGUUUAAAAGAUGUUAUUCAUUUAUUAAAUAUUUUAAAAACAAUGCAUAACAUAACAUGUUUUCUGGAGUAUUUACCAGUAAGUUAUAUUUGCACAUUAUAUUUAAACAGUGGUCUAUUUAUUAGAUUCGGAACGUAGCGAGGAAUCUGUUUUUUUUUUUUUGUGUAUUUUGUGUCUGUGAGCAACUUUUUUACCAGCAAUCUUGUUCCGAAAUAUCAAGUACAUUUUCUGAAAGGUAAAUUCUAGUUUGUGCAUUAAAGAGGUAAUUUUUUAAUUUUCCAAAGUAUUUUCAAAAUACUUUUCAAAAUGCUUGAAAAUUUGACAGGGAGUUCAUUAUGAGUCUGACAUAGUGGCGAGAAAAAAAAAUGACAGUAAUGUAGUAUUUCUUUUUUUAUAUAUAUAAGAAUUUAAAAAUGUUACUACCUUUAAAAAAUGUAUAGCUAAACUUUGUUCCCAAUCGUUUAUCGUUACAUGUAUAAAUUAAAUAACUUAACAUAAUAUUCCACCUUCUUAACUACCUACCUACAACAGAAAUCUCACCCGGUCCCAGUAUCGAUUUUUUUUUUUAAAUUUAAAUUUUUAUUGCAUUUUUGAAUUUUAUUUCAGGAAUAAUACCAAAAAUAUUGGAAAAAAAAUAUAUUUUGACAAAUUUGAACGCAAACGAUCUUGUAAUUUCCAGCCUACCUCAUUGUAAGCAACUUAAGUAUACUUAUCGAACUUUUUAUGUAAAAAUAUCAUAGGUACCAUACCUAUGUUCUGGGUACCUGUAUAUUAUGAUAAUCGAUAUUCUUCUAUUCAAUCAUAUUAUAUUAAUUAGUAUUGAAAAAAAAAAAUUAGUUAAUUAAUUAUAUUUUAGUAUUAAGAAUGGUACACUUUUAUGAUGAAACAUAAAAUAUUUCAUUUUUAAAUUCUCAGUUAGAUUUUACUAACACACUUGUUCAACUGAAUAGAUUUAGAUAGAAAUAGGGUUUUUUUUUAAAGGGAGGAAGAUAUCACGGUGACUCGAGUAUACUUUUUGAUCCUAUAACUCACAUUGUCAGGAAGUUAAUUCUCUUUGGCCAUAGUAAUAGGUAAUUAUAUAAAAACAAUUUAAAAAUGAAAAAUGAAAAAUUUUAAUGUGAAAGUACAUUUAAAUUAUCUAAAAUAUAUACUAUAGAUUUUAUAUUACCUAGAAUGAAAUAUAUAGCAAAAUAAAUAAUUAUUUUUAGAUAUCGAUCAACAUUUUGGAUGGAGCCAAGAGUAGUACCAGUUAAAUAUACCACUGAAGUAAAUUUUGACCUAGACUCUUCUAUAAAAAGAUUUACAGAGCAAAUUGAUUUACAAGUAAUAAUUAAGGUUUCAUUACAAUAUUUUAGAUUAAAAUACUGUAAAUUUAAUUUAAAUUUUUAGAUGAAAUUAGUUCCGUGUCCAUAUAUUCAACAAAUAGGAACUACCACACGUUACAAGACUACAAUUGAGACAAAAAUUCAACCAGCUUAUACACUACCACUAGAUACCACUAUUUAAAUGUAAUGAUAUCGUAUAUUUUACUAUUUAGUAUUUAUAGUAAUAAAAAUACAAAUCAUAAUAAACAAUAUGUAUAGCAUGCAUUAAUUUCAUUUAUUCAAUCGCUGAACAUAUUAACAUACGUUAAUAUGUUCACAUUUUGUAUACAUGCGAUAAUAAUAUAACGAUUAUGAAAAAAAAAAUAAAAUAAGGAAAUUAAAAAAAAAUAUUUAAAAUAAAAAUUAAUACAAUUUUAAAUAGGCAAAGCACUUUUGGACCAGAACGUUUAUGCCUCUAAUAAAACUGCAAUCUGUUUGGACCAAUACUUAUAAAUUUCUAUAAAGGCUCGCUAAACAAACGUUCAGUUAAACUACGAAAACUAUUUUUUAAAUUAAGUAAUAAGUAAAUUAAUUAGGUUUACGUACAAAAUAUGUGUAUCAAUUUAGUUGUAAAACACAAAAAAUCCAGUUAUAUUAAAAAUAUAACUAUAUCUAUUAUCUUUAUACAAUAUAUAUCUAUGUAUCAAGGUCUUAUAUACGAUAAGAUAACACGAAUAAAAUAUUACAAUAUAAAGGCUGGAUAACUAAAUAUUCAGUUAAGCUAAUAUAAAGAAAAUUUUUGUCCAAAAGGGCUGUAUAAAAGUAGUAAUUUUUAGCCCAAACGGGUCUUCAAAAUUGGUCUAAACGGGUCCUGUACUUUUAAAUCAUAUGCUUAUAAACCAAGCUAAAAAUUAAAUAAUAAUGAAAAAUGUUAAUAUAAAUAUUUUCUCGUGUAUACCACGAUAAAACCAAAUUUAUUAAGAUAUAAAUUAUGUACUCAGGUACACCUAUAGUAUUCAGCAUGGGGAACUUUUCACAUAUUGAAGGAGUCUCACUCAUACAUUAACUUGUGGUAAGGACUUUUGCUUGAUUGUAGUACUUUUUUUUUAUUUUUUUAAUAUUUUAUCAAAAGAGCCUCAUGUUUAAAUAUAUAUGUGAGAUAUGAUGCGUAUAUUAUCAUUUACUAUGUUAUACCUAUACAAUUUAGGUGUAAUCAUGAUACAUACGCGAACAAAUUGAUAUUUUAUACACUUUUUUCUUUAUAUUAUAAGCAUUUUAAUAAUUUUUUUAUCAAAUAUAGUAUAGGAAAAUUGACAAUGUGAUCACGGUCCAUGGGUUAUUUAUAGUGGACGCUAGGUAUGUGAAAAAUAAAAUGUAUGAGGCGUUUUUGGAUAUUUUGAAAUUUUUUCAAAUAACAAUAUACAGCUGUAUAUAGUAUAUAGGGCGAAAAUGGAAAAUAUGAUUAUUAAUUAUUGUUUUUUUAUGAACGGAUAUACAAAACUUAAAGUUAAUUGGAACACGAAAAUUGGGUUAAAAGUCGAUCACAAGUUUUAAAUUUCUAGGUGAGAAGUAAAUUGUCCCAACACUCGGGUUAACGCGCCAUGCGAGUACCUUUCGGACGCGUAUGACGCAUUUAUGCCACGGCGUGGGGCGUCGGGUGGCAGGCGCAAAGCGAUCCUGG